AGUGCUGCCGUCUUCCGGUCCAUCUGCUUUUCCCGAUGCAAUUCAAACAUAGCUCACAUUACAGGCACAGAAGUACUUUACGUAAGCUUACAAUUUGCGAGUUAAAAGAAGCACAAUUGUUUUAAAACUCGACAGAUCGACCAACAUCCCAAAGAAAUGCAGCUUAUGUAGGCGUUAGCUUAAAAGAUUUCCUUAGACGACGCUCAGUGUUGAUCCUGUGAAGACAUCAAGAGCCAUGAAUAUCAGCACAACAUCAAAUUCUCCUUCGAUCGAUGUAAGGUUUUAUCUGUUCACCCAGCUCGCCACAGGGAUCUCCAUGGUGAUUCUGUCGCCGAUAACAGUCAUUAGUAACCUCCUGUUAUUACUGACUAUUUACAAAGAUCCUCUCAAAUGUUUCCGUACACCUGCUUCGUAUCUCAUCAUCGCUUUAGGCUGUGUUGAUUUCACAACCGGUCUUGUUAUCGAGCCUCUCUUCGUUGCUUACCGCCUGGCAAGUUAUUUGAAAUGGUCACUGAAUCCAGGCCGAUCAUACGAAAGCCUGCGAAGAACUGGAAGUUCUAUUUCCACCGUAAACCUCAACUUGUCAUUCUUGCUCGUUCUCGCUCUCAUUUGGAAACAGUUCCUUGCCAUAACUCACCCAGAACGUUACCGCUCGGCCAUUACAACGCGCAGGAUCCUUGUAUUUGUUGGUAUCUCGACGCUGUACUUCACAGGUUUCACUCUUCUGCAAUUCAUCGGAGUCUCCCGAAGAAGCCUCCUUCAGAUAAAUCUCCAUUUCCAUGCCACAGUCAUAACAAUCCUGCUUUUCGUUGGUUCUGCUAUACUUCUGAGGUCACUUCGCCGAUUUGCUAAAGAAUCUCGCCAAAAUGAAGACGAUAAAGGCUUGAGACAACUUGUGGUGGCAACUUUGUUUCUAUCAGCAAUACUAAUUGCUUGCACUCUUGCUCAUAUCAUUAUACUUAAUAUCUGGUUUUACGCAGAACUGGAGACACCACAAGACAAGCUUCACCUCCACGCUGCCAUGACAAUUGCAGACGAAAUGUUAUUUAUUAAGGUAGCUGCUGACGCAUUCGUUUACGCUUGGAGACUGCCAUACUACAGAAAGUCUCUGAAACUAGUGUUGACUCGUGCUGGGCGGCAAAUUGGAAAGGAAGCUACUGAAAUGGUGACUAUGGCCUGAUUAUUACUUAUUUUAACCAUAAUUAUAUAACCAGACACUUAUGGCUUGCGCGAAAUCGGAGAACUAAGAAUCAUUGCUGACUGAUAAAGCUAGCCUGUAACAGCAAUCCGUUCUUUUGUUCUAGUUACUGAGUCAGUUACUAUAGUACUAUAGAAAAAUUACGAAACCCAAAUCAAGUAAAUGUGAUUCACGAUGAUAUUCUACCUCUGAGAAAGAUGAGGAUAGAAAAUUAUUUGCGAUGGAAGUUCAUAAUUUUACAAACAAAUUAGGGAAACGCAUAGAGUUACGUAGAUAAAUUUCUUUAACGUUGCGUCCCUUCUUGUUAAUACCAGUUUCUGGUAAACCCAAUGAUAAAUACAAUAAGUUUAUACAUGUGUAAUUUUUUUAAGGUUCUCAUUUAUACAGUUCUGUGAAAUGAUCUAAUUAUACUACUCUAGUAUGUUUACAAGCUCUUUCUGUAUUUCAGUGCAAUAAUGAAAGUAUAACUAGCAUAAAAAUCGCGGACAAAAAUCAAUUGAUCAUAUAAUCUUGUAGAAGGCAAAGGACCCACAGUCAAUUUAGUCUUUGACCUUACUGUGAUGACGACACAGUAUUUAAAAGCUUACACAAUUAUGUGCAAUAAUCAAAUAGUGUUCUGUCUAAUUUAACAACUUCUCUGUAUAUUUCCAUAAUUUCAGUUUUCCCUUAUUUAUUCUCUAAUAUUAUUUGUAUUAAAAUCCUGGAGAGG